AUGGACUUGCUCGAUCGUUUAUUGACAAUCAUCCAAGAACAAUCAACAACAACAUACAUUGCUGGCGGUGCCGCCAUCAUUGUCAGCUAUCUAGCAUUGGUGCAUAUGAUACGCUUUCGAUACAUCAAUGCAUUACGCCGCAAGUAUCCUGAUCCGACGCUUCCGUUACGGGAUGCCAAAGUGGCAGAGGAGAUCUUUGACACCACCUUUCGCUAUGACUUUCCAUUUCUUGGUCGACUAUCACUGGAAUUGGCUCUUUUCAAGACAUACUCGGUACCAACAAUUAGCAAGAUUCUUGCAGCGACAGGCGAGUUUUCCAAAAGUGCUGCCAAGCGAGCUGAAGAUACUGGAUUAAUCUUGGCUGAGAUUGUUGAUCCUUAUGCUCAUAUCGAAAUCGAGAAGCGUAAACAUGCCAACGUGGAUGUUGAGAAAAUCGAGUCUGAGCAACGAGGUCGUGCUAAAAUUGCUAUUGAGCGCCUUAAUGAAAUACACGGCAAAUACCAAAUCCUUAACGGUGAUUAUCUCUAUACCUUGUCACUCUUUAUAAUCCAGCCGGUCAAAUGGGUCAAUCGUUAUGGAUGGCGUAAGCUUGAUCCUUUGGAAGAAAACGCAAUUUACCGUAUAUGGUAUGACAUUGGUAAAGAGAUGAAGAUCAAGGAUAUCCCGGAGUCAUUGGAUGCUAUGAAUACGUUCCAUAUUCAAUACAUGCAUGAAAAUGUACGAUACUCGCCAAACAACUGGAAAGUCGCCCAACCCACCGUUGAACAUUUGCUCAGCAUUUAUCCUCGAUUCAUCCAUGGGCUUGUGUACAGGUUAAUACCAUCGUUGCUUGAUCCACUUGACGUUGAAGGAUUUGGAUUACCACCAGCAUCGAAGAACCUGUCGCGCCUGGUUGACAAAGGCUUGUUGCUACAAGCAUGGAUCGUCAGACACAUGAUGCUUCCACGUUUCAAGUCGACUCUUCGUACCCCCACAAAGCCUGAUGAAAAGACAAAUCGAUACAAGGUGUUGUUUGAAAUCUACAAACCAGUGUAUCCUGAUGGCUAUUGUAUCUACGAACUGGGUCCAGAGAAAUUUAAGCCCGCAAAAUGUCCAAUAGCGCAUUGA